CAUUUUAAUUAUAAGAACUAGAGUCUAGUGAUGUAAAUAGUUAAUAUGCAUGGCAAUUUGAUAUUUAUUUACACAGUUUAUGUAGAGCUAGAUUCUAGAGCUAGAUUCUAGAACUUGAUCUAGGUCAUGCUAACAGGCUAAGGUGUAUUACAGAAAGGGUUUGGUUCUAUGCGUUACAGAUUUUAACCUUCCCUUUUUUAAAAUCGAACUUGUUACAGUCUUUGAUCUUUGACCCUUGAACCAACGUCACUACUCACCUUUCCCAAUCAGGCUAUACGUAUAAAUUCUGUCGAGUCACGACAUACUGUUAAAUUUCUCCAGUCUCCAUUAUUUCUUAACACACAGAUCUACAUACUUUAUUUGUUUAAAUGACAUAGAUCUAUAUGUAUAUAUUUUUUUGUCUAGUUGUCUUAAAUUAGAAUAAUUUUCCAUUUCUUUGUACCUCUUCUUAAGUACGGACGGAAGUCGUGUGAAUAGACAGACAACAAAAGUAGAGACGACUCGUGCGACUGUUUACCUAGACCUAGACUAUCUAAUUUCUGUGAUUCGUAUAGGCUUAUAGGUAGAUUUACAUAGAUCUAUUUAAUCGGGGAAGUUUUACCUAUAGGUCUAGAUCUAUAUUAUUAUAAUUAUAUAUAUAUAAUAAUCAUUAAUAAUGAAUCUCCAAACAACUCGAAACGUAAUCAGAACUUUAUGGAAAGAAUAUCUGGAAGGUACAUUCAAGUUGAACUUUAAAGUGAAUGACAGCCCUAGGUUUGUUACAUACACAAAUCCUGGAUUGAAUUACUUUCAUGAUUAUGAUAGAAAUGGCUCUCCAGACCUUGUCAGGGUGAUGCUCUAUUCAGUCAAUGCAGAAACCUUUGCUGACAGGUACCCAGGCCUACAAGAAGAUGGAGAGAUGUGCAGCUAUAUCUACUGGGACAAACUAUUGCAUGAUAGGACUAGCUUUGUAGCUUCCACAGAGUUCACCUUCUCACGAACCAUGUAUGACGAGACUGUGGCAAAGUGGCCACUCAAUGUUAAAGUCAGCUUUGGAGGGAUGGGCUCAACAUCAAUUCAGACCAGGCUACAAAUCUGCACUCAGCACUCUUCAGAGCCUGUCAUCACCAAAGUUCUCAAGCUUGUGACUGUCGACAGACAGACAAGGCGACCAAUGGCACUUCCAGACUGGUACAAAAAGAAGUUGCAAGGGAAAGAAGAUAAAAUGCCAGACUUUAAAUUCACUGGUUUCAAGAGGCCUUUAAGAACAUAUGCACGCAGAGUUCAGAUUGUAUGGUCUGAUACCGACAGCAACAAUCACACUAACUUCUCUAGCUAUGUCCAGUUUGGGCUAGACACUCUACGCCUGGCCUUGUUGCAGAGGGACCUGUCCACCUGCCAGAAAACUGAGUCUCCGAACCAAGCCCACAAUGUGAUAGACACUGAAGGUACUAAAACAAAGACUCUCACAGAAAUGGUCAGUGCUGCCAACUGCAACUGCGAUGUCCAGUCUAAUGUCAGUGCAAUUCCAUGGAUGACUAAAGACCUACUAACCAAUGGUGUGAAAAAUCUGAAGAUUUGUUACAUGAGGGAAAGUGUGGAGGGGGACAUGCUGGACAUCCAUAUCUGGCAGGAGCCAGGGGAGGAAUUCAAAGUCAGAGGUUCCAUCGAGGCACUGGACGGCAAAGCAAUAUGUCAAUAUAUUAUUGAAUAUUUCACCCCUACUGCACACUUAUAAUCGUAUACAUCCUACGCACAACUCUCGAUGCCUCAAGAGGAAGAAAUCUAAAAUAUAAUUUAUUUUUUACAAUUGAUUUAUUUUUUCACUGUAAUGCAUUUGAGUAAUUCAACAACUGAAUUUUUCAAAUACAGCUACCAAAAUGUAGGCUUUUUAUAGUUCAUUAAAAAUAAAAAUUUUUAUAAUUAUGCUUUGACAAUACUAUUGUAAUACCGGUAUAGGUAAGUUUGGAUAAUAUACAUUUAAGGCAUUGCUUGAUAGUGUAAUACUCUGAGACAAUACGUUUGAAGGUGAGAGGAUUGCUGAUAGAGAUGUGACCCAAUUUGGAUUGCUGAUAGUGAUGUGACCCAGUUUGGGUAUGCAUGCAAUAAAAAAAAUACUUCACAAAUUUGUAUUGUUAUAUCUAGAUGUAUAUUUUUAUGGAUUGAUGUUAAAUUAUUAAUUUUUUUAAUUGUUUUUAAAAGAGUAUGGUUGUGUAUUAUACAAAAAUGAAUGAAUGAUCACAACCUUCUACUAAAUACUGCUGAUGUGCCAUAUACCAUAAACUUAUCUGUAAAUUGUACAUAUUUUAUUAAUAAAAGUAUUUUAAAAAUAUUUGUUGUAAAGGAAACAACCUAAAAUUAUUUGUUGAAUUUACAGCUGCAAAAAUGUUUGCUAUUUUUAAAAUACACAAAUUUACAUUCAUAAGUAAAAUAACUAUUUUUACUUUUAUAAAUAUAUAAACAGUGUAUAUAUUUAUACAGUUUAGUUUUCAUAAUUGGACCACCAGUUAAACAGACUUUUUGCUUAGUUGGACCAAAUUCUAAAGAACCAAAACAAAUCCUAAUACAUAUAUGUAAUUUUGGUUAAUUAUUUCUACCCAAAUUUAGUUUUGCCAGAAUAUUGAAUAUUCUUGUGAGCAUUGGAAGACCAGGAAAAUGAUGAUUAGAUCCUAAUGAGAUGGUACAAGUUACAAUGUCAGGGAAUACAUUGAAAUUUUGUGGUGCUUUUUUUUAUGCAGGAGAGAAAUGCAGUCCAAAUUCUGCAAUAGAUGUUUGUGAUAAUUUUAUUAAAGUGUUGCUUAUUAAGAGAAUGCAUCAGAUUCCUUUGGAUAUGUUCUACAAACUUGGACUGGAAUUGAGUAAGAAAUUAAAAAGAAAAUUAUGCUUCUUAUACUAAGCCUACCUAUACAUUAUGUUGUUGAUUAUUUUAAAAAAACAAACAAAUUUAUUUGUCAAUCAUCAAAGUUCAUAAGCAACAGUAACACUAGUUUGUACUUUCUCAAUAGAGGUUUAUGGCAUUAGGAAGAAACUUUUAAUAUAUUACACAUGUCUCAUUUCGUUUGUGUAAACAGCAGACCUACCUAUUAUUAAGACCUAAAUGAUCACAUCCCAAUGGACUGAAUUUGAUUUUAUUUUAGGAAAAUGUAAACUAUGAAGGCUGGGCCUGAAGAAAACCAAGCCCUCUGUGUAGAAAGCUUUACAGCCUGUUAUCAAGAAUCCAGUCUUUCAAAAAAAUAUUGUUUAUUGUUUUGUACCUGCAUAAAUGUUGAAAUUGAACUUUAAAAAAAAAUUGAACACAAAAAUUGUGGUAUGCACUCAGAACUUUGUGUCUAUGUUUUUUCCUGUGGGAGAUUUGGACUUGGAUGUAAUAAUGUUGAAUUCUGAAGGAACUUCCCAAAAAAUGUAAAACAAAUAGCAUUUCACCAACAUUGUAAUGAUUAGCUAGAGCAAGGGAGACAACUGAUCUAUAAAGAAAUUGUUGCUCUAAUAAUGACUAGAUUAUUCUUGACUUUUUAUUAAUGUGUUGUAAAGAACUCAAAAUUAUUUACACAUUUGUAACAAAAUGAGAUUUAUAGAAAUGACAACAGUAGCAAUAUGUCAGUAACAUAAUAUAUAUUGUAUAUCUUUUUAUUAAAAAACAAAGUAGUUUUUCCACCUCAAUAAGUAAGGUAAAUAACUGAAAGCAAGUGAAAUAUAAGCUUUUAUAGCAUGUGGAAUUGCACAUUUACAAGCAAAUCUCUUUAUCCAUACUCUAGGAUUUAUUUCCCUUUUCUGUAUCAUAACAAUUUACCACGAAUUAAUACAGUGACUACGAAUAAUUGUGCAAAGUUUUAAAUGAAUUGAUCCGAGAAUGAGAAGUGGGAGAAAUAAUGUGUUCAAAAUGUGUAACAGACGGACAGAGUGAGUUGAUAUAAAGCUUUGUAAAAAAAAAAAAAACCCAGAUGGUAACCCAAUAUGAAAGGCCAUUUGUGACCAUUGAUUGUUGUUGAGGUGGAACUACUUUAUAAAUCCUUGAAAUUACCAGAAUCUUGACUUCACCAAUUUGAGUUAAAAAGAUUGUUUACAUUUAUGCACACUCUUUGUUUUAAAAGUUAAAAUAAUGGAAGUGAAUGCAAGCUGGUCUAUUAACAUGGUCUUCAAUGAUAGUUUCUUGUUUAUCAACGUAACAUUUCUAUUUGAACAUAAAUAUUUUGUAUGGCAUUUUUUUUACAUUUGUCGAUUUUCAAUGUUUCUUGCAUGAGCUAUGAAAAUAUUUUUUAAAGCCAUCUUUUUCUUGUUACAUUAAAAUCAAUCAUUCUUAUUUAGA